AUGGGUUCAUGUGCUGUGGAUGUCUUUCGGGUCCUAUUUUGCGGGCAGGAAUUCAAUUGGGGUUACAAAUUCACCAAAGAGGCGCUGCAAGAUGAUGCAGAGAUAGAGGUGUCCUGCUGCCCGCGUGAGGAGGUCGGACAGCACAUUGGAUCUACAGACUUGGCAGUGCCCCUGAUGGCCCGACUGGACUCUUACAUGCUUUCCAGAGCACCACGCCUGAAGGCGAUACUGCAGUAUGGAGUCGGCGUGGAAGGAAUUGAUAUCCCAGCGGCGACAGAGAGGGGCAUCUGGGUGUCAAACAUCCCGAGCGAGGGGACUGGGAACGCGCUCUCCUGUGCAGAAAUGGCAAUCUAUUUGACCCUGGCCUGCUUGCGCUCUUCACAUGCAUGCGCGGAGUCCAUUGCCGAGAGGCGAGUCGGCGUGCCACUCGGCCGCACCUUGUUUGGCACCAAUGUGCUCAUUGUCGGCUUUGGGGGCAUUGCAAAGGAGCUUCUGCCACGGCUGCGUCCAUUUGGGGCGCGGGUGACGGCUGUGCGGCGGAGCUCAUGGGGCCAGGCAGCGGAUGCGUCUGCAGAGGCCCUGCUGGAUGACAAGGGCGGCUGGGGUGACAUGCGCCGCUUUGCUGCUGGCGCUGAUGUCAUCAUCGUCGCCUGCUCCCAGGACAGCUCAUCCAUGGGCUUUGUGAACGAAGAUCUUUUGUCUGCCUGCAAGCGCGGCGUCAUCAUUGUCAACGUCGCCAGAGGUGGUCUGCUGGACUACAGUGCUGUGCGUGCUGGCCUGAAGAGCGGCCACAUUGGCGGCCUUGGCUUGGAUGUCCACUGGACAGAGCCAUUUGAUCCCCAGGACUGGGUAGCUCAGCACCCCAGGGUUGUUCUGACGCCCCAUGUGGCGGGCGUGACGGAGCUCAGCUAUCGAGCAAUGGCUCAGAUCGUUGCACAAGAGGCUCGGCGCCUUCAUCGUGGCCUGCCGCCCACCAUCCAGCUGGCUGCUGUCCCCCAUCCAAGAACCGGGGUUGCGACCAAACCUCAAAGCAGCUGA